AAUUGGGUGCGUGUGGUAUGUGGUGUUGUACAAAUCUGCGAAACGGACACUCUAAACACCAAAACCAAACAGAAGGAGGAGAAGAGAGAAGAGAUCUCAUCUCCAUAUCGCACACAGAAAUUACUUUCUUUCUCAAAUCUCGAAGAAUAGUUAAAAAUGGGUCUGUCGUUUACGAAGCUAUUCAGCCGGUUGUUUGCCAAGAGGGAGAUGCGUAUUCUUAUGGUGGGCCUCGAUGCAGCCGGUAAGACCACCAUUCUUUACAAGCUCAAGCUUGGAGAGAUUGUUACCACCAUUCCCACCAUUGGGUUUAAUGUGGAAACUGUGGAAUAUAAGAACAUUAGCUUCACUGUCUGGGAUGUUGGUGGCCAGGACAAGAUCCGUCCUUUGUGGAGACAUUACUUCCAAAAUACACAAGGACUUAUUUUUGUGGUUGAUAGCAAUGACCGAGAUCGUGUUGUUGAAGCUAGAGAUGAGCUGCACAGGAUGUUGAAUGAGGAUGAGUUGAGAGAUGCUGUUCUUCUAGUUUUCGCAAACAAGCAAGAUCUUCCAAAUGCUAUGAAUGCAGCUGAAAUUACUGAUAAGCUUGGUCUUCAUUCGCUGCGUCAGCGUCACUGGUAUAUCCAGAGCACAUGUGCCACAUCUGGUGAAGGACUUUAUGAAGGACUUGAUUGGCUCUCAAACAACAUUGCAAACAAGGCGUAAUGAUUAUAGUUAUGGGUUGCACGAAGUUCAGUUGAGUUUACCGUCAGAUGUUUGAUGUGGUUACCUUACCCUGGUUAGAAUUUUAUCUGCUCUAGCAUGUAUUAUUUUUCUUAAAAGAACAGACGGCUACUACCUAGUUUCAAAAUAAUUUGCCAUUUUUUUUUUCCGUGUAUAACCAAAGAGAAUCUUAUUACAGAAUUUCAUUAAAUCAUUCAAAGCUUUUUACAUUUA